AUGGCGGUUGUCGCGCUUAGGGGCCAGCUGAACACCCUUGUCACAUCCAUAUUGGCCAUGGGUAGUGGUAUGCUGGACGAGUAUUUCCAGUACUUGCAGUCGAUGGACGAGGAUGGUAGCUCAGCACAAGGCCUGGUCGCCGAGGUCAUCAACCUCUUCAUCGCCAGCGCCAACAGGAUCCUCAACGACAUCACCGGCCUGCUGAACCAGCCUGUGAUAGACGUCAACAAGGUGGACGACCUGGUGCAUCAGCUCAAGUGGUGCAUCAGUUCAGAUUACGAGGCUAUAGAAUGGGCCUUCAAGUACUGGAUUGGCCUGUCAACGGUGGAGGCAUCAAAGAUAACUUUAUUCAACUUCCUCCAAAAAGAAAAUGAUAAUAUUGUUAUAGUCCACGGUGCAGCUGUUGAAGAACAUGGCUAUGCUAAACUAGCAGUCUUUUUCAACAAAAAGCACGUGCUACCCUACGGAUUUUGGACAACGGAAUGA